UGUAAAAAAUACAAAUUUUCAUUCUGAGAAUAAAAAAUAAAAAACACAAAAAUUGUAUGUGUAGUUAUAUAGAAAUAAAUAAUUAGAUUAAAUUUGCUGUUAAAUCACGAUUUAUAGAACUUUCAAAAUUUUGAUACAGUUAACUUGUGAAAAUGUCUUUGGAAAAUUUUGAGGAUCUAACUGAUAUUGAAUUGCGUCAUAAGUUGCUUGAAUAUGAUUUCCCGAAUGUGCCCAUAACUGAAACGAGUCGCGGUUUUCUUGUGAAAAAGCUGAAAAAUCAUAUAAAAAAUUUGAAAAGUCGAAAGGUGUCAAAACGCACAUAUAUGACGUUGCGUGCCAAACAGGAGCUGAACAAUUUGGUUACACAAGCCCACGACUGGAGUCAGCACACACUCCAGGGUAGCUCACUAGUGAGCGAGGAGGAAUUAACAAAUGCCGAACACGAAAUGUAUGACUUAGCAGAUACCGACGCUCAACCGGCCGAUCAAAUACCAUUCCCUUUACCGAAUCCUUUACGAGCGCAUACUGAAAGGUAUAGCACUCAAUCAACAGAUCCACAAAGCAAUUUAGCUGACAGCAAUUCAUGCGGAUGUAGCAGUAUGUUUUGGAAAGUUCUCGGUUUGCAGGAGAAUUACACCAAUGGCGUAUGGUGGGCCUUUACAAUAUUCUUCUUAGCCAUCAUUUGUAUGUAUAUGGCGAAAAUUGCCGAUUUCUCAAAGUACGUCAACGAAGGUAACACGAAUUAUGUAAUCUGUGAUAAAGUUAACCCAGCAAGCCCGUUUCUGCGUCCACCAUUCAUCUGUAUCGAGAAGGAACGCGUGGAACCAGCAUUAACAGUUGUGCGGCUGCUAUUGAUGCAGCUAAGAAAACCAUCGGAACAGCGUUACUGUUACGACCCCAAACAAACUAAUGCUAUUAGUGUGUCGGAGUUUAUGCGACAAGAGUUCAAAGGUGGCAGUUCCAUGGAUAUUCGAAAUGUACGAGCAGCUCAGUAUCUCAUAACAUGCAAUCCGCAAUGGAAGAUUGACAUGGUGGAUGAUAAUGGAUCAGCGGUUAUUUUUAAUGGAGUUGAUAAUGCACUGCCAAACAGGAAUAUAUUUUUUGUGCUCAAACAGCCGCAGCUGUCGCUGCCAUGUCAGCUUUAUAACAAAGCACACCGAUUCAUAAAUCUCUUAGGCAAUCUAACGCUCCUGAUAUCUGCAAUAAUAUUGUUCUUCCUCGCUUAUUGCUAUGUACGUCGCAUUCAAGUACAACACCGUCAGACUGUCCAAAGAUACGUCCAAAUGAUUAUUGAGGAACUGCAGAACCAUGCAAUGAAUAGUGAGAGUUUAGAAGGACGCGAAGUUGAUGUGGAUUACUUGUGUGGCCAACUGAUACCCUCUGUCAGACGAAAAUCUGAAUUGAGAUUUUUUAACGAAGCUUUGAAGGAGUUGGAGUCAAGCGACAGUCGAGCACGAUUUGGCCUAACGAUACGCAAUGGACAGGAAUGCCGCACUGUAUGUUGGAUUGAUUACACCGACGAAUUAGUAGGUGGCCGUUUCGCUGGAAACAGAGACCGUUUAAUUGAGACAGAAACCAGCUGCUGAAGUUCAAGUUCUUUUCCUUAGUAUCUUUUUGUCGUGUUUGCAACUAAUUUUCUAUGUUUAGAUCAAUAAAAUUGUCGUUAUAAUCUGUUUGCUAACUGUGCAUUGUCACAAAGUAAAUAACGAAU